AAGAAUAUUUAGAAAAUGUUCGGAAAUGUUUGUAAAAUUCAAAAUAUUCUUAUAGUAAUUGAUAUUGUACAAUUUAUUAUUUAGAUUAAAAGCUUAUAUUUUUUCUUGCUUAGAUUCUAGAGAAUAAGCAAUAAAAUAAGCUUAUUUUUAUUAAUUUUAUUAACAUAUAUAUAACACUAAUGCAUUUUUGCUAAUUUUAUUAACAUAUAUAGUAAUAAAUACUAAUAAAAAUAUAAUUGUGUUUAUAUAUAUAAUAUUAACAAAAAAUAUAAUAUUAACAAAUAUAAUAUUAACAAAUAUUAACAAGAUUAAUAAUUUAAACGAUAUAAUAUUAACAAGAAUUUAAUUAUUUAAACGAUAUAUAACAUACGUACAAUUCGUACGUUCUAUUAAUAUUAUAUUUUGUAUUAUUAAUAUUUAUAUUUACAAUUUUAGUUUUUAUAGAACAAAAUUUAUGCUGGUUAUAAUUAUUUAUAAUAAUUUAUAUAAUAAUUAUAUACUAUUUAUAAUAAUUUAUAAUAAUAACAAUGAAAUAUCACUGUUUGUCGAUAAAUUUACGAAUCAGUUUAUUAAAUUGUUGCAUAAUUAAAAUACUUCAUGUUUUGCAAGAAUUAAUAUAGAAUCUCAAUUAAUAAAAUAAUACUUAUUCUAUAUAUUAUUCUAUAAUAAAGAAAGUACAUUAAAUUAUGGUAGGAUAUCUCUGAAAAUACUUAUGCAAUCGCAAAAGUAUUGACACCAUGUCCUCAUUAUAUAUAUAUAUAGGGGUGCUUCUGAAGAAAGCAUCGCAGUUGUUCGAAAGACGCCUAUAGGUAAGCAUCAUUAAUUCAUUGGAACGAAACAAAAUUUCAUAGAAAGAAAUCUUUAAAAAACAUUUUGUUGAUCAAUCAAUUGUAGAUUUUUUAAUGUAGCGUAAAUUAAAGUAUUUGUUUAUAGAUAGUUUAAAAUUUUUAGUUAUAUUUAAUUUUAAUUAAUGAUUAUAUUUCCAUUUUUAUUAAAACAAAAAGAUUAAAAAAUAUGUAUGAUUGUAGGAAUAAUUACUUUCAUAUUGUAAGAUAAAAAUAUUUAUGAAAUAAUUUAACUAAUAAUGUUGAUUUGCCAAAAUUUUAUGUAAUUGAGUUUCUUACUUUUAUUAUUAAAUUUAGAAUUGUUUUAUUAUGGAAUUUAAAUUGUUUUAAAAGUACGAUUUAUUCACAACAUAAUUAUUUUUUCAUUUAAUUUAAUUAGAAAUGAAAUAUUCUUAUUAAUUCUAAUAAUUUAAAAAAAUAUAUUUUUUGGAACAAAGUGUGAUGUAAAGUGAUUAAAUGUUAAUGUUAUUCUUAUAAAUAUUUUUUUUUAAUAUUGUUGUGAUGUUUUAAAAAAGGAAUUACAUAUAUGUAUUCACAAUAAAAUAUUAUAGCACCGAUAAUGAUUUUAACAUCUCAUAUUGUCAUAUUAUUAAAGUAACAUUAAUGCAUUUUGUAAAAUCUUAUGAAUUUUUUACACUGAUAUAUUUCGACAUUACUAUUAUAAAUUUUUUUAAUACUUCGAUGAUUAUUAACUCAUUAUAUAAGCGACAAUGCAUGUGUUCGUUCGGUUCUAACGCAAAUAAGUAUGAAAUUAUUUUUUCUUUUCUUCUUUUUUUUUUAUCGCAUCGAUUAUUAAGCGUUGAGGUCAGAAUGGAUGGAUUCAAGCAUUUCUAACUGAGUAAUAAUACAAACAUUCAUUGAUAAAUACAAAAUUAUAAUACACGUAUUAUAUUAUGAUUAUGAUGUUAUAAUUAUCACUAUAAUAUUAAAUUAAAUUAUUUAAUUAAAAAAUUUAAAUCGUCCACAAUUUUGGUAUUAGUUAUCGAAAAGAUACUUAGACAAUUUUUAAUUGUAAAUAUAGUACAUUUUGUAACUAUAUCAAAUUAUACAGCAUAUUGAAAUUUAUUGAAUAUUAUGCAAUAGAAGUGCAAGUAAAUAUAUUAAAAAUGUGCGAGUUAUGGUAUAUAUGAUUUCUAUAUUUAUAUGUUUGUUUUUAUGAAAUUAAUAUAUUAAUUUAUGUUUUAAAAUUUUAGUUAUAAAAAUGAUACGAUUUGUUAUACUUGGUACAUUGAUUGUUUUAUCAAUGGCUCAGUUUCAACCUUCUAGAAGGAUUUUGGAAGCUCCAAUACCUGCGCUUUGUGCACAAAGGAUUAUUCAUGAACGUUUUAAUGGCAAGGGUUAUUACUACUCAUGGGCUGAUCCAAGAACGAAUGGGCAAGAACUUGAUUGGUUAGCAGGUAGAAAUUUCUGCAGGCAAAGAUGUAUGGACCUUGUUUCUCUGGAAACUUCUGCCGAGAACGAAUUCAUUAAAAGUCGCAUUGUUCAAAAUAACGUGAAAUAUAUUUGGACAUCUGGUCGACUUUGUGAUUUCAAAGGGUGCGAUAGAUCUGAUCUUCAACCUCUUCAUAUUAACGGUUGGUUCUGGACUGCAGAAUUACAAAAGCUUGCACCUACUAAUGAUCGUUCUAAUAAUGAUUGGUCCGAAAGUGGAGGUAUUGGAAAACCACAACCUGAUAAUCGUGAAGCUAUACAACAAGGAGGUGCACCAGAGAAUUGUUUAGCAGUACUAAAUCAGUUUUAUAAAGAUGGAGUAAAUUGGCAUGAUGUUGCUUGUCAUCAUAAAAAACCAUGGGUGUGUGAAGAUAAUGAUUCAUUAUUGAGAUAUGUUCAUUUUGCCAGUCCUAAUAUUCGUAUUUGAAAUAGCUUUACUGUAUAUUAUAUAAUUAUAAUUACUUAAUACUUGUUAUGUAUACUUAUUAUGUUUAUUACAAAUUUAUUAAUAUAUUGAAGCUAUCUCAAAAGUAAUAAAAUAUUUCUUUUCUGAUACAUUUUAAGGAGAAUUUUAUAUUUAAAAAAAAGGGAAAGUAAAAUAUACUUUACACAUGGCUUUUAAUAAUGGAAAUAUGGAUAUUAUUUCAUUAAUAUGAAAUAUAUAUUAUAUUUCAAUGAUUAUUUUUUGAAACUAUUAAUAUAUAUCAUAAUUUAUUUGUUAUAUACUAUAAAAGUACAAAUUUUAAGUAUAUUUAUAAAUAUAUAAUUUAUGUAGAUGUUAAUUUUAAAAUAAAGAAACAAUUUUUUUUUGUUUAAUAUAUAAAUUGUUAUAAGUCAAUUAUAUUAUUGUUAUAAUAUUAUACUAUAAAUAUAUACAAGAAGAUAAUGUAAAAUGAUGUGUUAUAUAAAAAUUUAUUUAAUAAAUAUUAUUUUGUAAUAAACAUUACUAUACAAAUUAUUGAUAAUUGCAUAAAACUAAAUUGGAUACAAGCAUAUUUAUAUAUUAAAUGUAUAAUAUUGUUUAUAAAUUAUUCAUCUUUUACCUUCUACCAUUAUAAUGUGAUAGCCAAAUUUGGUUUUAAUUGGAGGAUCUGUGUAAAUUGGAGAACUAAUAGAAGAGGUUGGUAAUGCAAAUGCAGCUUCUUGAAAAGGUCCAACCAUAGAUCCUCUAGUCAUCCAUCCAAGAUCACCCUUUUUCAAAUAUUAAUUUUCAAAAUUACUAGACAGAAAUAUAUUUCUUUGUUUUCAGAAAUAAUAUAAAUAUAUAGAUAUUGUUUACAGCAUUUUUUUCACAAAUAAUAUAUAAGAGUAGCAUAUAAAAACAAAUUUUUCAUAAUCAUAGAAUGCUACAUAUUUUUUUAUAUUCUUCAGACAUAUGUAAUUCAAUGAUUUUCAAGAUUGCAUAAAUAAAAAUAAAAAAAAUACAUUUUAUAUUAUUAUAUUUACGAGCAUUUCUCAUUCAUAAUGAAAAUACACAUGUACUAUACUCAUUAUUCUUAAUAAUAUGUUGCUAUUUUGUACUUUAAGAUGUACAUUUUUAACAAAAUAAAAUACCAUUUUGUAAUUAUACAGUAAUCAAAAAAUUUUCUAAAUAGUAUAUUUAAAGACAAAUAGAUUUUAAUAUAUUUAAUAUUUUAAAGACAAUAGAAUUUUUCGUAUACUGAAGAAAUAUUCCAUUGAGUAAACAUUCUAUGUACAUAUGUAUAAGAUAUUUAAUUUAAUGUUGUUUCUUGAACAUCUAAAUCGAAACUAUUGAUAAUAUUGAAAAAUAUAAAACAUAUUUGAUUAAUGUAUUAAUAUCGAUUUCAUAAAUGAAAUUAUAUUUUUUAAUGUAAUAGUAUUAAUGCAGUAAUCAUUUCUAGUGACAAAUAUUAGAGGAAUGUAAAAAUUUUGAUAGUUAUAUGAUAAUAGAAAGAUGUAACAAUGUAUUUAUAUUAUAUUAUAUAUACAAAUUACCCCAGAUCUUGCUUUGUCUUCACUAUAUGUAGUAGCAACUUCGUUAAAUUUCUCCCCGGCUUUCAAUUUUUCCAAAGCUUCCAAAAUUUUUGAUUGUUUUUCACAUAAUAUAUGUCUAACCUAUAUGAUUAAACAAUUUAAAAAAAAGUUUAAUAAAAAAUAAAUUUUAUAUCGUUUUAACAUAAAAUGUCACAUAUAUAGUCAAAAAUAUUUUAAUAAUUUGAUAUAAAUAUAAAAGACUUACUUUCACAGCAUUUCCUCCUUUCUUUUCUUCUUUUCCAGUUUCUACAGCUUUUGAUUUACUUGCUUUUGAAGUAUUUGUAUUUUUUUUUGGAGGCAUACUUGAAUUUUUUAUUUGGAUGAAUUAUUUUAUGAAAAUAAUUUAAUCUAACCACACAUUAGUUACCUAUACAUUAGUAAACAUUAGUUAAAAUAUCGUAGUUUGUAAUGAAAAUCAAGUUAAAUGUAAAAUGUAAAUAAUUAUGUCAUUCAUAGUGCUUAUAGUGUAGUCUGACGUUAUAACCUAAGCUCCCUCUUACUGCGAAUUUUAAAAACUAACCGAAUGAACUUCAGCUUGACGCGCCAAAUAUGAAUUGCAACAUAUAAGUUAAUAUAUAGUUUAUCGAUUAAUUCAUUAAUUGAUUAAAUGUCGAAAUUAAAUAUUUGAAUUAAAUAAUUGAUUCUGGUUAUUAUUCAAAUGAUCACCAAAAUAUUAAAUAUAUAUGUAUUCCGAUUAAUUUUAACUUAAUAAAAUAUAGAUAUUUUAAUAUUUUACGUUUUCUCUAAUUGAAUAUUUAGCAUUUUUAAGAAAUUUUAAAUAACAAAAAAACGAGAAUUAAAAAUUCAUUCUGUUAUCAAUCUAAAAAUUCUGAUAUGCUUUAAAUCCUUAGUAAUGUAAAGUUAAACCCAGAGUUUAUUUUCCAAUUUACUUAUAUUCAUAAAUAUAAAUAAAUUGGAAUAUAAUUUAAUUAAUUAAUCAUUAACCUAUGAUUACGAGUAAAACGCUCCACAAGCAACAAUUCAAGCCCAAUUAGAUACGCAAUAGAUAUAAUUAGAUUAAUUUGUAUAUUUUUCAUAAUUUUGAAUUAUAUUUUAUGAUAUUGACAUUAUUCUUAUGAUAAUAUAUAGUAUAAAAAUUAAUAAGUUUUCAUGUUAUAUUUUAUGUGUGUGUGUGUGUGUGUUUCCAAAAUGAUUGCAAUAUAUUACUUGUACAACCUUAAGCAAAAUGACCCUUCAAAGAUUUCUGAUCUUUAUUUUGCUCAAUGAAUGUUAUUGAUAUUUUGUAGUUUUGUUAGUGUUCUUCAAAUUUCUUUUUUCCAUUUUUUUCCUUUAAAUAUAUAGAAAUGUUUAUGUUCCUUUUGCAUGAUACUUUUAUGGCCAAUUGAUUAUUCAGUAUCUUUAGUAUUGAUUCUUUAUUGUUAUCAUUAUAUCUUCACCAUUUCGUUAAGAUUGUGAAAGCAACGAUGUAGUGUUGUCUUGUGUUUAGUUAAUUUAUUUUGAAGUCUCUUAUGAUUAUUGUACCUGAGUUUUGUCUGAUGUUAGUUGUCUGAUUUGGUGAAUAUGUUCCAUUGUUUCAUGGUUAGAUUGUAGGUUGAAAUUUUAUACAUCAAGUAUAUUUUUUUAUUGUUGUUAUUGAUUGUUAUUGUUUCAAUCUUGUCCUUAAUCAUUAAAGUUUAAUGCAUUCGACAUCUUGUCUUUUGUAGUUAAUGUUGUUUCUGAUGAUAGGCAUAGUCAAGACACUUCUCUUGCUUUUGGUCAAUUUUCUAUUUUUUCUAAUUGUAUUGUAGUUUUAGAUU